CAUCUCCGCCUGUGAGAUGAAUUAAUGUACAACCUUAAGAGCUUUCCCAUCACUAAGGUUUUUUUUUUUUUUUUUUAAUUUUUUUUUUUUUUAAUGACAAACCACAGUUCUAGAAGGUGUUUCUUACACCUGAAGAAACCGGACUUGGGAUCCGAGCCUACAGAAGCUGAGGACAAGUAUCUCGGUGUCACUCUGGGUCCCCUUUAAGUGAGACAAGGUUAAAAUUUUAUACACAGAAGAGAGACUCCAGUCAACAAAAUCAACAUUAGUUGGAAAGGAAUGAUGUUGUCCUUAAAGAACUUACAAAAUACCAUCUACAACCCGACAAUCCCCUAUGUUGGCACCAUUUCUGAGCAGUUGAAGCCUGGGUCUUUGAUUGUGAUCCGUGGGCAUGUUCCUAGUGAUGCUGACAGAUUCCAGGUGGACCUGCAGAUUGGCAGCAGUGUGAAGCCCCGAGCUGAUGUGGCCUUUCACCUCAACCCUCGCUUCAAAAGAUCGGGCUGCAUCGUGUGCAACACUCUGACCCAGGAGAAGUGGGGGUGGGAGGAGAUCAUCUACGACACCCCCUUCCAGAGGGAGAAGUCCUUCGAAAUUGUCAUCAUGGUGCUGAAGGACAAGUUCCAGGUGGCUGUGAAUGGAAAACAUACUCUGCUCUAUGCCCACAGGAUCAGCCCAGAGAGCAUAGACACGCUGGGCAUUUAUGGCAAAGUGAACAUUCACUCAAUUGGUUUUAGCUUCAGCACGGAUUUACAAAAUACUCAAGCAUCGAUUCUGGGACUAUCAGAGAUAAAUACAGAAAAUGUACAAAAGUCUGGCAUUUCACAGUUUCCUAGUAAUAGAGGAGAUAUUUCCAAAAUCGUCCCCACAACUGUCUACUCCAAGAGCAGAGACUCGACCGCGAACCACACUGUGACUUGCACCAAAAUCCUUCCUACCAACUAUUUGUCAAAGACCCUGCCUUUCAAAGGGAGGCUCAACUCCCCCAUGGGCUUUGGACGGACCGUCGUCAUUAAAGGAGAAGUGAAUACAAAUGCGAAAGGCUUUAAUGUUGAUCUAGUGGCAGGAAAAUCAAAGGAUAUCGCUCUCCACUUGAACCCACGCCUGAACGUGAAAGCAUUUGUAAGGAAUUCUUUUCUUCAGGGAGCCUGGGGUGAAGAGGAGAGGAAUAUCACCUGUUUCCCAUUUAGUCCUGGGAUGUACUUUGAGAUGAUCAUUUACUGUGAUGCCAAGGAGUUCAAGGUGGCGGUGAAUGGGGUGCACAGCGUGGAGUAUAGGCACAGGCUCCGGGACCUGGGCAGUGUUGACAUGCUCGAGGUGGACGGCGACGUUCACCUGCUGGAGGUGCGGAGCUGGUAGCCGCCACCGCCAACCCAAAUACAUCAGCCUCUGUGACAUGGGCCUGUCCACGUG